CCGGACUUCUGCAUUGUCCGGUUAAGGGAGAGAUGGAAGAAGCAGAGAAACGGAAGGAGAGGCUGCAGGCCAUGAGGGCGGAGGCUGCCUCCGCCUCAAUGCCCGGCCCGGACGCCGCCGGCCACCACCUCCUCCCCUCCCCCUUUUCCUCCACUGAUCCUUCCUCCUCAGCUGCCUCUCCUUCAUUCUCCCUCCCUCCGCGCUUCGAUUACUACACCGAUCCGCUGGGCUCCUUCUCCUCCGCCACCAACAAGAGAAAGCCCCCCAGAGGAGACUCCGUCCUCCAAUCUCCGCACGGCUUCUCUUACGAUGCAACCCCGCCGGCAGCAGGUCAUGGAGUUUUGGGAAACUCUCCUCGGAUGCAAGCACAUGGGCAGUGGAGAAGCCCUAUGAGAAUGAAUCCCCCAUUCGAAACAAACCCUAAUCAUGCUUCUCCCUCCUUCCGUUCCCCCAACUAUACUGAUGGUUUUCACCACCAACCGAGAGGGAUUAGCUUUAUCCCUAGUCCUAACCCUAACUCUACGCCUAAUUUUGUUUCGGGAAUGGGAAGUGGAAUGGCUGGUUUUAGCCCCAACUCCAAUUCUAGCCCUAGAGGAAUGGGAAGCGGAUAUGGUAGUUUUAGUCCUAACCAUAACUCUAAUCUUAAUUUGGGGAGAGGGAGAGGUGGUUUCAGCCCCAUCCAUAACCCUAGUUUCGGCUCCGGGAAAGAAAGCGGUAGAGGUGGAUUUAGCCCUAAUCAGACCCCCAAUUUUAGUUCGGGAAGGGGCGGCGGACGAUAUCAUGGCGGCAGUCCUAGGUCUGUUUCUGGUCGAAAUGGCGGAAGGGGGCGAGGGUUUGUUUCCGCCCAGGAAUGCCCAUGGAGGUUUUACCAUAAGUCCAUGGUGGAAGACCCUUGGAAGGGAUUGGUACCGAUUGUCGGAAGGCUGCUGGAAGCUGAACCUCAUUUGGGUAGGGAGACUCCAGAUUCAUUGAGAUCAUGGCUUCCCAAAUCGAUCGCUUCGAAGAAGGCGAAGGUUGCAACCGACACUGUUCAGCUAAAUCCUCAGUCAAGCAUUGCUGAAUGCUUGGCUCUGUCGUUUGAGGACGCUGUGACCGACCUGCCUGAUCACUGAUCAGUUAAAGGCUGGGGUUAAUGGGAGCGACUCCGAGGUCGUCGGCUAGGCAUUGGAGGCUUGGCCACGUGAACGUUCGUUCUGGGCAGUGGGAAGUGAUUUGAUUCCUCAUUGCAUGUUAACUGAUUCGCUUUAGUUGCAUUCAGCCAUUUCAUGAUGCCUAUGUGGUAUCCUGUGUAGUAUACUGUAGAUUACGUUGAGGCUACUGAUUGUAAUCAUGGGAAGCAUUUUAUUAAGUUUAUUUACGAUAAGAAAUUUAGAUUAGUGUUCAA